AGCCAGAUGACGUAAUCUCUAAAGAUGAAGGAGUACAACAUGGAGGUAGAAUGCCGAAUCACUUUGUACAAGGCACUUUGCCGCCACCAUAGAUAUUAGUCGUACGUGACUCUAUGGUUAAACUUCUGCGACAGUAUUAUCAUAUCAUAGAGUUGUUGCUUGCUGGAUGUAUGCAGUUGAUUCGGGUUUACUAAAGUUUGAAAGCCGCAAUGUCAUACCCGCAGAAUCUGAGCUAUGCUGGUUAUGGAGGCGCUCAACCCAAUAGUGGCUAUCCCGGUAACACUGGUUACCCAGGACAGCAAGCUCCAAGUUCAGCUGGUUAUCCUGGACAGCAAGCUCCAGGUUCAUACUCUGGCGGUGCAGGUUAUCCAAACGCACAGCAGCCCUAUGCUGGAGGACAGCCACAGGCCGGAUUUGGUGGCCAACCAUCGAAUUAUGGCUCUUACCCAGGAGGAUACGACGGAGUAAGUCCUGAAGUACAACAGUGGUUCAAUGCCGUCGAUGUUGACCGCUCAGGAAAAAUAUCAGCAAAGGAAUUACGGGCGGCACUUGUAAAUGGCCAGGGAAAGAAUUUUAGUGAGACAGCGUGUGCGCUAAUGAUAGGCAUGUUUGACCAAGACAAAAGUGGAACAAUUGAUGUCAAAGAAUUUCAGCUUUUAUACAAUUACAUAAAUCAGUGGCUUGCAACAUUCAGAAGUUAUGACAAAGAUGGUUCUGGAAGCAUUGAAGAACACGAGUUGAACCAAGCUCUUCAGCAGAUGGGAUUCCGUUUCUCUCCGGAUUUUGUGAAGUUUCUAGUACAAAGGAGUGAUCCAAGAGAACAUAAACGUAUAACUGUUGAUCAGUUCAUUGUUAUAUGUGUGCAGAUUCAGAGGUUUACAGAGGCAUUUCGAGCCCGCGACAAGGAAAUGAGGGGUGUAAUUACUAUUGGAUUUGAGGACUUUUUAGGCUUGGCAUUGAGCUGUUCUGUAUGAAGUCACUUCCGUAUUAUGGAAGCUUUAUACCAGAUGGCUAUAUUCUUUCAAUAAACAUCAAUAGUUAUUGCCAGAAGCUAUUUUUAAUACAUUUCUUCUAAGCUGUGAUACUGCAUUCAUUACCAGAGUGGUUUUUUAGAAGUACAUAGUAUUAUUACCUUUCUAUCAUAGGGUACAGAAUUCUCAAGGAAAUUACACACAUUUCUGUAUUAUCUCACAGAAGGUAGUGUAUUAUUUUUUUAUUUUAUUGUGAUUAUUUUUUUUAAUCUUUUGAAUGCAAUUAUCAAUUUUUGCUUAUGCUUAAUGCACAUCAGAAUCUUCCAAUAAAUUUGCAUAGAUUUUGCUGUACUUUUUAUGUAAGAGCAUGGCCAAUAUGUAUCUGUGGAUUUACCACAUACUUGAUUAUUUCAGGAUGUAAUCAGUUCACUUUUGUCAAAGUAAUUUUUGUCUGCUAAAGUUAUCAUGUUAAUUUUGUAUUAAAAGUUGUUUAUUACAACUAAGAACACUC